UUGGAACGGUUUCGUGAAGCGUUAGCUGACGAUGUGGUAUUGAAAGCUGACGGAGCAAAAGCGCGAUGGAAGAUGAAGAUGGUAAUGUAGGGGAAAAGAAAGAAGAGAGAGCAGAAAAAGAGGACGAGCAGAAGGAAACUGAGGGCGAGAGGGAGGGGAGCGGAAUCAAAACAGUCGGGGCCGGAGUCAGUGGCCAUGCGCAGUUUCCAUUGCGGGGAGCAAGUGAAUGACGGCAAGUGAAUGUCGAUGUCGACGGGAAGAAAAAACAGCUGCAGGUCGCGAAGGCCACCCGAGGGGCGCAGAAGCAGAA